AUGACCCCCUACUUUGUCUUUCUCCUCCUCCUAUUUCAACCCAUACCUCUGUUUUGUCAGACUCAAGGAGGUGGGUCGUAUGGCGUUGCCCAACCCUACGGAUCUCCCACCAUUUUCUCCAAUCUACCUCCUCAAUAUCAGCAGUACGCUCAGACUUAUCAGCAGUAUCAGCAUUUAUUGCCGGAAGCGCAAAGACGACAAUACGAGUCGUAUUUCCAGCAGCUGAGCGCUCAGUACAAUGCUGGGGGUGCUGGGGCGACUUAUCAGCCGGUUGGAGGUGCUGGAGCAAGUUUCCAGCCAGCUGUAGGUGCUGGAGCGAAUUUUCAGCCAGCCAGCACCGCAGGAAUUAACUAUCAGCAAAGUGGGGGUGCUGGCAUCAAUUAUCAGCCUCAAGGUUAUGUCCAGCCCGUCCAGACUUCCUAUUCUGGGUUUAACCAGCCAGUCCAGCCUCCCUACUCAAGACUGAUUGGAUACCCAACUGCCCCGGGGGUUUUUACACCCUCUCCUUUGCCCUACAACACAAAUCAGGUCCCAUACCCUGCACAGAAGGUUCAAGUUCUCACUGAAGAAGAAUAUAAAUCUCAACGAGAUCGCGGCGACAAGGACGCCCUUCCAGAUUACAAAUCAUCCUUUCAACAGGAUCCACGGCCAGCCAGAGUGAUCCCGAUUCCAAUUCAAACAGUAGCCAGUGGAUAUCCGACCGGUCCGAUUCAAUAUUCAACAAAUCCGGGGUAUCAACAAACCCAGCUGACUUAUCAACAGUAUCCAGCGCAAAUUCAGCCUCAACUCCAGUACAAUCGAGAUUGUUACCCGGCCUAUAGUAGGAACAGCAAUAGUUACUUUUAUCCAGCAAGGGGCGGAUUCGGCCCUCCGCCACCGCUUCAGUCAAAUGGAGUUAUUUUGCCAAGUCAGCCGGUCCUAGGAACCGUUCAGGGAUACAGUAGUCAACCGUAUGUCCAGAACCCGCCAGUAGUAAAUGUUGCGGCAGAGACCAAAAGCGCUGAAGUGGAUGAUGCAAAGAUCUUCCCAAGACCCACAACGAAGAGUGGCUUUUCGAAUAUUGAAGACGAAUUUGAUCAUUUCAAGUGGGUUUUUUGAGGAAAUUUAGGAUAUUUGGGACGUAUUGUUUCUCACCUAGAUAUCAGGUAAGACUUAAAAUUUCAGAAAAAUAGACACGGACCAAUAUCCGACUGGCCCGCCAGUUUAUUCGACCACAACUCUGGCGCCUAAGACUACAAGACAUCGUGGAAAUAAAGUCUCUACGACCAGUACUCCGACUAGUACCACCGAAACCACUGUCCAUACUGAAGCUGUAACGUCGGAGGAUGAGCUGGUGGAAGCUACUUCUACAGGCGAUAUUCCGUAAGAUUUUCAAGCCAAAUUUUUAUACCCAAGAAUUUGCAUAUAAGCAUGUUUAAAAUACGGUAAAAGAACUGCUCUUUAAAGCUCUAAAAUUUUUCGUUAUAGACAGGUUUUGUUGUCAACCAAAAGCUUGAUAAAAAACCCCUGUAUCCAACCUUUUAAAUUUCAGUCUGCGCUCCGCCGAAAUCAAAGAAGAGCAUUGGAAACCAGCCGCCCUCAACGCUGUUCCCACCAGCAAUGUCAAAUUCCCACUGCCCAAGAGUUUACACGACUAUCAAGAAGGUAAUUCCAGUCCACUUUCCCGACCAAAACGGCAAAUUUCCACCAGCACGCCUCAAUAUUCGUUGCAUUACGCUUUGAUCACGUCGCCGCCGCGAUAUGCACGUCAGCUCUAUGGAAGAUACCAUCCAUUGUAUGGGAAUUCGUAUCAACAGAUCCCGGAGCCGCCGAUAGAUCCGAUGAUUACAGGUAGAUACAAUGACGCUUUAAAAUCACUGUGUAAAUGUUCGCAGACCCACAACUGCUCAGCACCAUUUCACUUGUUGUUUUGCAAGCACUUCAGGGCCUCAUGGCGUCGGGAUUUCGCAACGGUUUGGGUGGCAACGGCUAUAAUAACAAUGGAUUUAACGGUUAUGGCACUUUGAAUGGUCCACAAGGCUAUGGGAUGCCAAUGCAGCCACUGGGAGCCGGAGUUGGAAUGGGAUUUGGCCCAUUGAAUCAAUGGGGUAGCUUGUCGAGUUGUGUAGUUUUAGAAGGGUAGUGCUCGCUGUGCGAUCUUCAUAUUUGCUUGAAGUUUUGAUUGAAAGCAGUACCAAGGCCUCUUAUUUAGUGUUUAAAAAGUAUAGAUUCUUUUUUGCAGAGACUACCGGGAUAUAGAGGAUUAACUUUUUUAUGCCAUAACGCUCAAGAAGUGUUCAAUUUCACGUCAACUUUCAACUUACAGAGCUCCGUUGUUCCUGCAUAACGCGAGCUAGGAAUCUCACAGAUUUCUUUGAAAGAAUUAACUUAAAUUUUCUCAAAGUUUUAAAGCAAUCUGAGCGUCGCACUUUGCGCACUUCCUCUGUCAAGUAUGUGUAAAACCCCUCGAUCUUUGUCCUUGUUGAAUGUGUGUUGUUUUUGCCGCACUUACAGCCUCAUUUUUAGCCUUUAAUUUCAUCUUUUUCCAUAGUUUAAUACUGUCGUUUCCAGGCUACGGUGUGAACGCUGGAGUUUAUGCCGGAAUAAAUGGAAACCAAGCGUCCUACGGCAAUGUCCCAGGUUUCUUCCCCGAGCCGAAUCGGCCUCCCUCUCCAUUGGCCGGACGGCCUUAUGGCCCAACGAAUACGAACGUCGGCGGAUCCUACGGUGGCCUCUCUCCGUGGCCAUUUAUGCCGCCUUCGGCGAUAAACACAGGGUAUGGAGGGUUGUGGAAAUAAUCCAGUUUUAAUACACCUUUCUUUAAUUUAUUGUAUUAAUAAAUAUUUAUAAAAGUCAUUUUCCACGAGCCUACGGCAAAUUCUAUUUUCAGCGCCAAUACAACCACCACACAGCCAACAAAUUUCACGGUGAAUAAGGAGCAUCACGGGACGGUGAGGCAAAUCCCAAUCAAAUCUCUUGUAAAUAAGCCGGAAAACGAUGACAAACAACAUGAUGAUGUAUUGUUACGGAUUGAGGACCAAUAUAAACAGAAAUAA